AUGUCAGCCAAACUUUUCUCUUACAAGCCUCUCUAUCCACGCCCAAACUGUACAUAUAUUCGACUCCUGCGUCUACAUCCGUCUACCGCCGUUUGCAACCCUCUUACGGGGGAUCUCGAAGACUACCCACUUGGCAAUGAAGAGGUUGGCAUGUUUGAAACACUGUCUUAUAUCUGGGGAGACGCAUUCGUGUCUGAGUAUAUGGUUCUAGGAGGAAAAAGAUUUUCAAUUCGCCAAAAUCUUCAUGAUGCCCUUCGUCGUCUUCGACUCUCUAAUGCACCGAGGAUCCUCUGGGUAGAUUCGAUCUGUAUCGAUCAAUUGGAUAAUACAGAAAAGUCGGCACAGAUCCCAUUGAUGGGCCAAAUUUAUUCAACCGCCCGAUCUGUGAUUACUCCACCAACUAUUCCUAGGGCUUCACCAGCUAGAACUUUACAUCCAUGGCGGAACGGUCGCCGCGCGUGGAUCCUGCCGCCUUUAUCAAAAGUCUUAGAUGUCUUCAACCACGAUGUUACGUCGACAACUACGUCAGAGACAAUUGACAUUACCUGUGAGGACAUCGAAGUCUUCCUUAAGCGGCCAUGGUUUUCUCGACGUUGGAUCAUCCAAGAAUUGCAUAACGCCAGAAACGUCACAAUUUACUUUGGUUGUCACCAGUUAAGUUGGAAGGACUUCUCACUUGCUUUAGAGACGCUAUCAACCUCUCUCGAGGAAGAUUGUAAUUCGCUGCAGGGGUUGUCGGCAUACCGAUUAAUUAUAUGGCGAAAAAUCUCGAAAUUUGAUUCAGUGUUGGAAAGCAUUGAGAACUUCUAUGACUUCGCUGGGAUGGAUGAUCGAGACCGAAUAGCGGCCUUUUUGACAUUAGGGUGGCCUCAUACAUCCGUCGGCUCUGACUUCCUCGUCAACUACGCACAGUCUGUCGAAGAGAACUACAUUCGAUUCACUAUCCAUAUGAUCAAAGUCGGGAAAUGUGCCGAAAUUCUGCUUGCAGCAAGUCAUGGUUACAGAGGAACAGUAGAUGCUCAAAAUCACCUACCCUCUUGGGUUCCAGAUUGGCGGAUUGUUAAGCGGCCAAAUAUUAUAUCAAGACCUUAUGGCGAUUUCAACGUACACAUCACCGACGAAAGCAGUGUAGAAUUUGUGGGCCGAAAAACGCAUGUUUUCUCUCAUGAUCAACCAGUGGCCACGGAUGGCGUCCAUCCUGAUACUAUCCAACCCAAGUCAAAGAUACAAUGGUUAAAAGGCGAUUUUAUCUGCAACUUGGUGUCAGGGAUUGGUAUUCAAGAUACGAAUAAGCUGAUUAUGCGACGCUGUCGCGAAUCAAAUCGUUUUGCAAUACUCGGCGGCGCGUUUAACCUUGCUGAAGUACUAGAGACCAGUUGGGAGAACUAUAUAUCCAAGUUAGACAAUCCCGCUGAGCAAAGAUUUAUUGUCAAAUAA